AUGACAUCAGGACAAGAAAGUGAGGACAGUAGCGAUAAGGAGGAAAAGGCCACCACAAACAGCAAGAAACACAGUCUUAAAAAGAAGCGUGGAAAGCGUCCUGCUGUUAGUGAAAAAGUCACCGAGUCAGAGUCUGUAAAGUCAAUUGCAGUGCAAAGUAUUGAAGGCUCUCUUCAGAAACAUGACUCGCUGCAGAAGGCACACAAUGCCAGGCAUAGGGAAAAGCACAAUGAGAAUCAUGGCUUUAAGGAAGCUUCUGAGCAGAAGUCAGGUUCUCAAUCCCAAGGCAGUAUGGCACAGGGAAAAGGUGAGAGAACUGGGAAAAAGCAAGUUGGAAAAUAUACCAGGAUUAUUGUCACUGAUAGCGCAGAAGAAAAUAUCCUGGAAACCUCAGAUAACUCCUGCUCUGACUGCAGCAAUGAAGGCCAUUGGACCCAUAAAAAAGGUACAAAAGAGACUGUAGUGCACAGCACUGCAAGCAGUGAAGAGAAGAGUAGUUCUUCAGAGGAAGAUGGCAUCAGUGAGAAAGAAGCCACAUUCAAGGAUCCUCCUGUGGCUGAAGGAAAAGGCUGCAAGGAACUGCUUGAUGAAAGCAAUGAAGCAUCUAAUGAAACUGAAAGGGAGCAGGUGACCACAGGUGGAAGGAAUGAAUCUGAGGAUGAAGGCACUGACUUUGCAGGAUUGGAGGCAGAGGAGAAAAUGAAGAAGCAAGAUGACAUGCCAGUACAACCAAAAUCUAUUCUAGCUGAGAGCAGUGAGAAAGAUGAUGAUGUAAGCAUUUCAGGAUUCCAACUUAAAAGUCUUAAGAACAAAGAAAAUGGCAAUAAUGAAGUAGGCAAGGAAAAUACAUUAGAAAAUGACAAAGUUCAAGAUACGUCAAAAGGUGUGCGUGAUAAAUCUGACAGCAGUGGGGAGAACAGCACUGAAGAGAGCAUUGACAGAGGAAAAGAAAAUGCAACAAAACAACGACUGCCUAGUGCUGUGAAAGCAAAACUCCAUGUUCGCCUUAGCAAAGUGCUUCAAGGAACUGAACAGGAAGAGAAGGUGAAUGAUGAAGGCAGUGCACUGGCAGAUAGCCCUUUGCUCUCCAAGCAGCAGAUGACAUUGAAAGAGAAAUCUGGGAGGUGUGAGAUUGCAGAACAAGGUAAAGUCGUAGGACAUAUGCAGAGGGACAGUUCAUCAGACUGUAGCAAGCAGGAGUUAGCAGCGAUGAUGCUUACAAAGAAAUGCUCUUCUCAAUCCCAAAUCCUUCUCAAUCUGAAAAACAAACAUAAAAAUGCUGAGACCAAACUAUUAACAAGCUGUAAACCAAAUCCUGUCCAGAUGGCUUUGGAAACCAACUCUGACCUGAAAAAUGUUGAAAGCAUCUGUUCAAAACCCACGACUCUAGAAACGCUCAGUACUCAGAAAAAAACCAACGUAGUUCAGAGUUUUGGAGUGAAAAGAUUAAAUCUUUCAAAUAUUUCAAGCUGCUCCACUAUUACAAAAAAAUCAUCUGAUAAGCAGCUCCUUGGCAAGAAGAAGAAAGUUGGAAAAGUUACUGGAAAAGUUAAACUGAGUUCAGGCCAGACUGUAGAGGCAAAAAAAGAUAAAGCAGAAGAAGUGGUUGCAGAGGCAUCUUCUGAAAAAGAAAAUGUGCAUGAUGGGAAAGGAUCCAAGUACUUGCACACCCAUUCUGCUUUUAGAAAAGUCACCAGCUGGCUUGGUCAAAAACCUGCCAAGAAAGCAAGCCUGAAAUCUCGUCUUCUGAGCGUGGCACGUGCAAUUGGUAUUUCAAGAUGGAUCUUGAAGAAAUUUGGGAAGAGGAAAAGGAGCAGCAAACCUUUUGGAUUCAGAAGUAGAGUGGCUAUCCGGAUUGUAAGCACUGCUGGGUGGGUUGGUCGGUCUGGCAAAGCCUUCCCUGGUGCAGCCAGACAGCUGGGGAGGGCUGAGUUGAGUGACAAAGAAUCUUCUCCUCCAUUAGUGGAGGGGAAAGGUGGUCCUAAAAUGGCAGAGGAAGUGGGACACAUUGAUUUGCCUUCUGGUGAUUCCCCUCUUCAUGGAACUAGUUCCUUUCCAUGCUUACUUAGCUUGGAUGAGGAGAAGAACAAUGCUACUGAUGCCAAGUUUGCUAUAGUAUUCCCCAGAGUCCACAGCAUGGUUACAACAAAGAGCUCCUUAUCCAGGGGCUCUGGGAAUGGUUUUUCCCUAGAGAAACUGAGAUCUCUAUCAGGCAGAAAAUCUGUGAUGCCUGUGCAACAGGAUUGCAGAUUGAAAUGUGACCUUCCCAGAUCUUUGAUGGAUCAAAGCCCUCAGAGAAACAGUGAACAGGGCUUCCUUCCACAUCAAGAGGAGGAUCCAAUAUGUACAUCAGAUUAUUCCAGUGAGGCAGAUGUCAAAGAGGGUUCAGGUGUCCUCCAGACUGCAGGGUCCAUAGUCACACCUUGUGUUCACUGGUCUCAGCAGCAGGCUCAGGGAUGUGAUCCUGCAGCAUGGCUGAACUCUGAAUUGCUGCUGCCACGACUAACCAUUGAGAACCUCAGUAAAUGGGCCAUCUACAAGGACCCACAUCUGGCCAACAGCCAUGUGAUGAAGGUCUGCAAGGAUCAGUGGGAGGCAGAAGACAUCACUGACAAUAUGCUAGAGAUGGAAUUCAUGCAGAAACAGGUGUACAUGUGUGAAGACCACUGUGUAGAAGUUGAGGAGAUUGAAGAUCUAACCAGACUGGAGGAAGUCUGUGAGAGCUCAGUUCUUCUGUGUCUGAAGAAGCGGUUCCAUCGCAAUCUUAUUUAUGUAUGGACUUACAUUGGGCAAAUUUUGGUUUCUGUGAAUCCUUUCAAAGACCUCAGUAUCUACUCUGAAGAUGUGGCUACCCAGUACCACCAAGGGACUCUCUCAAAAAAUGCCCCACACAUCUUUGCCAUAGCAGAAAUGGCCUACACGCUAUCCCAGUCAUCAGAGCAAGAGCAGUGUGUCAUCAUCAGCUUCCUUACCUCUUGUUCCUCCAGCGGACACAGUGGAUCAGGUAAAACAGAAGCUGCCAAAGCAAUUGUGCAAUACCUGACCAUGCUGUACCAGAGAUCAGACAGCCACAGAAUCAGACAGCCCUGCAAUGUCCUACCCAUCCUGCAGAGUUUUGGGAAUGCCAGAACCAUCCUCAAUGAUAACUCAAGCCGUUUUGGAAAGCUUCUGAACGUUCACCUGCGACAUGGCGUCGUGGUGGGAACAUCCAUCUCCCAGUACCUGCUGGAGAAGUCUCGUGUGGUUUUUCAGGCCCAUGGUGAGAGGAACUACCAUGUGUUUUAUGAGCUACUGGCUGGGCUGCCUGUGGAGCAGAAAGAGGAGUUGUACUUGCAAGAGGCAGAGUCUUACUUUUACCUGAAUCAGGGCAGAGCCUGUGACAUCCUGGGGAAGGAGGACAGUCAGGACUUUCUGGUCUUGGUGCAAGCUCUGGAGGGAAUCAGCCUCUCGGAUGAUCAGCUGACCUCCACCUGGGCUGUCCUGGCUGCCAUUCUGCAACUGGGGAAUAUCUGCUUUACCUCCUAUGAGAAAGAAUCCUAUGAACAUGCAGCCAUCGCCAGUGACACUGAGAUUCAGAUUGUGGCCAAUUUGUUGCGUGUCUCAGCAGAUUUCCUGCAAAGUGCUGUCACUCACCGUGUCACUGUGACAUCUUAUGAUCGGAUCUUCACUCCUCUGUCUGUAGAAGAAGCCAUUAAUGCAAGGGACUCCAUUGCCAAGACUCUGUAUUACCUGCUCUUUGAGUGGCUGCUGCUGAGAAUCAAUGAGUGGUUGGCUCCCUGGGAGUCGGACUGUGCCAUGGGCAUUGUGGACAUACAUGGUUUUGAGGAUCUAGGUGUGAACAGCUUAGAGCAACUCUGCAUCAACUUUGCCAAUGAGCAUCUCCAGCGUUUUUUCAGCCAGACUGUCAUUGCCCAGGAAGAGGAGGAAUAUAGCCAGGAGCAGUUAGCUUGGAUCCCUAUUUCCAAGAUGUACAGUGAGUCAUGCCUAGAUUUCAUUGCUGCAAAACCCCAUGGCAUCUUGCGUAUCCUGGAUGACCAGACUUCAUUGACUCAGGCCACUGACCACACUUUCCUCCAGAAGUGUCAUUACCAUCAUGGAAACAGCCCUUGGUACAGCAAGCCCAAGUUGCCUUUGCCAGUCUUCACUGUGAAGCACUAUGCAGGCCCUGUCACCUAUCAGGUCCACAAGUUUCUGAACAAAAACCGUGACCAGCUGCAUCCAGAGGUGCUGGAUAUCUUCUCUCAGAGCCGCCUCAAGGUGGUGUCUCACAUUUUCCAGAAGGCUAAAGCUGCCUAUAGUCAGCAAAAGGAGCUGGGGGCCAGAGGCAAAGGGCUCAAGCCUCAGGCCUCCACACUGGCGUCCAAAUUCCAGCAGUCUUUGCAGGACCUCACAGCCAAGCUGAGGAGGAGCCAUGCCUUCUUCAUUCGGUGCAUCACCCCUAAUCCCAAAAAGCUAUCAAAUGUCUUUGAUAUGGAGUAUGUCACUUGUCAGCUGCAACAUUCUGGGAUACUGGAGGCUAUCCACAUUAGAAAGGAGGGGUACCCAGUCCGUCUUCCAUUCCAGAACUUCCUAGCCAGGUACAGUGGUGUCUUUCUGAAGGAGAAGGCCAGGCAGCUUCUGGAGAGACGAUGGAACCAGAGGCAGAGUUGGGCCAUCGUUACUCUGCAAAGGAACUUCCGAUGCCUCCUUCGCCGCAGACGCCUCCGUGUCCUCCAGGAGAAAGUCACAAUCAUUCAGGCUCACUUCCGAGGUUACCAGGCAAGGAAGCGUUACAGGAGGCUGAAGAAGACUUUGGUGCAAUUUAAUACCAUGAUUUUAAUCUCCAGACGUUUGAUUCAAAGGAGGAAGCACUGCCAGGAGUUAGAGGAAAGGAAACGAAGAAGGAGGUCCCUGGCCAGUGGUGACACAGAGAACAGUCCCAACCAAGGAAUGGACGUGGGACUGCUGGAGAUCCCUGCAGAGCUUGCUGCCCUCCUGCAGUUAGCUGAAGGUCAGUACCGAGCACAGGCCAACCAGAUAACUGAGGCAUUGCCUCCAGAAGUCAAGGUCAAAGAUGACCUUUCCCUCCCACCCACCAUCAACAGCUAUCCUUUCUCCUCCUUCAUUAAGUCACACUUCCAGCAGACAGAUUUCCCUGCCCCUGGUCAGCCUCUGCAGCACCCCUUAACUCGUCUGGAUGCUGAAUACCAGGAGAGCGCGCUUGAGAUCAACAAACUGAUUUUGCGGUUCAUUGGUGACAAGAAUCUCCAUGGCUGGCAAGAGGUACUUCUGGGCAACUACAUUGCUGGGAGAGGUUUGAAUAAUGUGGCUCUGCGCAAUGAAAUCUUCAGUCAGGUGGUUGCCCAGACAUGGAAAAACCCAGACAUGGAGCACAGCCAGCGAGCUUGGGUCCUGAUGGCGACUUUGCUGAGCUGCUUUGCCCCUUCACCAGCACUGGAGAAGCCGUUGCUGAAAUUUGUGUCAGAUCAUGGCAUGGAGGGCUACAAUGCUGUUUGUCAGCGCAAGAUCUUGACAGCAGCACAGCACACAGAGAUAGACUCUACAUUCUCUCGGGCCUACCCUCCCACUCAGCUGGAGUGGACUGCAAACCAGAGGAGAGGGAAGAUGGUGCUGGAUGUUCAUACCUUUAACGAGGAGAAGUUCUCAGCUGAGGUGGAGUCCUGGAUGACUGGGGAGCAGUAUGCAGGCUGGCUCCUGAGUGCAAGGGGCUGUGAUAAGAAGUCUCGAGGGUGGUCUAUCUCCAUGUUUACUGGCAACACAUGGCAGGACCUGCUGGGCUGUGACUUUGUGCUGGACCUCAUUGGAGAGAUGGAGGAGACCAGCAACCUCAGCAGCCCCUCUCAGUCCUCAGCUGAGUACCCCAUCACUCCUGAAAGGGACAGAAUCUUCUUCCAGAACUCUGACCUGGAUUCGAUCCCUCCUGCUCCAGGCAUCCGGGCCCCUACCUUCCCACCACCUAGCCUGCCUCCAGAAUUCAACCAUCUCCAUCCAGAUCCAAGAUUCAGAGAUGACCUGAGGACCCCUGUAGGCUUGGAUCACUAUGUGGAUGAUCUCUUCAGCACUGUGCUGCAUCAAGGCUCCAGAGUACCAGAUAUGGAGAACAGGGAGAUUCUGACUGGACGCAUGAAAGGAGGUGGGAAGAUUGGACCCACACAGAGAGGAAUCUUUCCUUCUACAGGCUUCUCUGGAAUAACUCAAGCACCAGUUUACCAGCCCAUGCCUUCGAUGAUGGGGAUGCCAGCAGCCAUGCCUAUCAUACCAGCGGCUGGUGGGAUUGCACCAGCCGUGGUUAUGCCCCAGCCUGUGGUUCCAGCUGCAGAUCCCAAUCAGUUAGCAGCACAACAGCAAGUCUUUAUCAACCAGCAAGCCAUGCUCAUGGCCCAGCAGAUGACCCUUCAAGCAAUGAGCAUUUCCCAGCAACAGCAGCAGCAGCAGCAACAGCAGCGGUGGCAACAGUCUCUUGAGAACUCAAGGCCAAGAGUCUCAAGUCCACCACAAGCCCAAGGCCCGGCUCCAGCCUCAGCCCCAGUCCCAGCCACUUCCCCAAAACCCAAGAAGCCUCCCAGCAGCCAGAAUGCUGCACCACCACCAAAGGCUCCAGAACCGCCAGCUAAGGCAGAAGAACUGGUUUAUGACUCCACGGAAGACGAGUUCUCCAACAGUGAAGAUGAUGACUAUCCUCGGGAAACUUUCCAGCAGAAGAGAGAAUAUUUUCAGAAGAUGGGAGAGCAACAGAUCCGAGUGAAGAAAGUCAGGCCUCCUUCCAAAACCUGGACCCCUCCAGCAAAUCCCCAGCCAAAGCAGGAGGAGGAGAAGGAAGAGGAGCAGGAGACAAGGGAAGAGGAGAAGCCUAGCCCUAAAACAGAGGCAGCUCCUGCUCCCCCUUUGCCACCUCCUGCGCCAAAGCCAAAAAAGCAGACACCAAAAGCGAAGAAGGAGCCAUUUGUAGUGAAGCCGUCAGGCCCUGAGUCACGGCCUGCACCCAGCCGGGAGAUCCGCAACAUCAUCAAAAUGUACCAGAGCAGGCCAGCCCCUGAGCCCCAGCCUAUCGAGCCUGUCAGAGUGUCCAAGCCAUUUAUGAAGAAGAAUGACCCCAAAAAUGAGGCUCUGGCCAAGCUGGGAAUGAUGAACCUCCCAUCUCCCAAAUCACCAUCCCCCCUGCCACAAGAGAAGAAAACACCUCCACCUCUCAAGCCUAAGCCAGGCUCAGCUUCCAGCUCUAUCAUGGAGAAGCAGUUGCCUCUCCUCUCCAUCUUCAGCCAGGAGAGUACCCCACCAGGUUCCCAGGCCCCUCCUGCCCCCCCUCCUCCCCCACCAUUGCCUUCGCCUCUCCUGCCUGGGAACCAAGGCUGGCAGGAAUCCACAGGGAAGGGCUCUGCUGUGACAGUAGCAGAAGAUGAUGGUAUCAAGACCCAGCUGUACAAGCUCACUACUAGUGUCAGCUUUUCCUAUGUCAACCCUGCCUGGAAAAUCUUUCUGCGCAAAGAGGUGUUUUACCCCAAAGAAAGUUUCAGUCACCCUUAUUGUCUGAACUUGCUGUGUGAACAGAUCAUGCGUGACACUUUCUCUGAUUCCUGCUUUCGGAUCUCCAGGGAGGAGAAGCGCAAGAUGAAAGACCUGCUGAUGGAGUUCCGGGUUGGCAACGAUGUCCAGUCCAUUCAGGAGGAUGGGAUAAAGAAGAGGAUUGUACUGGCUGCUCGGGAUAACUGGGCUAACUAUUUCUCCCGCCUUUUCCCAGUUCAUGGUGAAAGUGGAAGUGAUGUCCAGAUCCUGGGUGUUUCUCACCGGGGCAUGCGGCUGCUGAAGGUGGUGAAAGCAGCUGGCUAUAAUCCUGAGCACCUGAAGAUUCUUCGCAGCUACAGCUUUGCAGAUAUGCUGUCAGUGGAACUGAAGGGCAGCAAUGCCCUGGAGUUCUCUCUGAAGACAGAGCAGCUCUUCCUGCACUCUCCGAAGGCUCCAUGCAUCAAGGCCAUGGUGGAACUCUUCAUCCAGGAGCUGAGGCAGGAUACCAACUACGUCGUUGCUCUGCGCAGCUACGUUGCGGAUGACAAGAGCCUUCUUAGCUUCAAGAAGGGCGACCUCAUUGAGUUACUGCCCAUGCAAGGCGUGGAGCCAGGCUGGCAGUUCGGCUCCACUGGUGGCCGCUGUGGUAUUUUCCCCACCAGCCUGGUGCAAUUGGCUGCAGCCCCUGAUUACCUCAGCACCAGCAUGGACAGACGUGGAGGGCUGCGGAAGAGCAUGAAAGCUUCCCCAGAGAGCAGGAACACCAGCAGGGAGAGCUCUGUUCCCAGCCUGGCAUCAGAACCCAACAGCAUCACGUUAGUCCCUGCUGGUGAUCAUUAUACCAUGAUGGACUUCGCCACAGCCUACUUCCGAGAGGCUCAGUCCACGCAGAGACCGAAGGGGAUGUCUGCUGAAAAGAAGAGUGCAGCUGACCUGGUCCGGCACACCAAGAUCCCAAUCCAGGAGUCUUUGCUCUGGUACUCUGACAGUGAGCUGAAUGAGCUUGCUACAAAGAACUUCAAGACUCUGAUGCGGUUCAUGGGAGAUCAAUCAAAACUCAAGAACCAGAAUGAGGCUGAAUGCAUCUAUGAAAUCCUUCAGCUGUGCAAGGAGAAGGAGAGUUUGCAUGAUGAGGUCUACUGCCAGGUCAUCAAACAGGUCACCCACAACCCUAACCAGGAGAGCAUGCUGCGUGGUUGGUUGCUCCUAAACCUGCUAACUGGGUACUUUCUCCCUUCUAACAUCCUGAUGCCCUAUGCCACCAAGUUUCUGCAGCUAGCCAGCAGUGAUCCGUCUAGCACCCACCAUGAUAUAGCCAAGAUCUGUCAGAGCAACCUGCGGAAAAAUUUCAUGUACGGGGGCCGUCGCCACCUUCCUUUCCCUGUGGAGACAGAGGCAUUGCUGAAGGGGCACAGUGCCCGCCGGCUAGCGAUACUGAUGCCUGGAGGCGUGGAAUACCUCACCAGAAUCAAGACAUUCACUGUGGCCAAGGAGCUCUUGCAGGAGAUCUGUGAGCAGAUGGGGGUAGGCGAACAGGAAGAGAUACAGGAAUUUGUUCUUUUUGCCAUCAGGAGUGACAGCAAUGAUCUUGAUAAAAUGGUGAGGCCGAUAAGAUCGGAGGAGUAUCUUCAUGAUUACCUGCUGGAGGACAAGUUGGUCGCUGUGACGUUACGCAGGCUCAUCUGGAGGACACCUCUGCACUUUGAGAACAAAAUUUAUACUGAUGUCCAUUAUGGACAGAUACUGUGGGAUUACCUGAAUGGGAGGAUACUGUUGAGCCACAGUAAAGAAAUGGAGAUGCAGGUGGGCAUUUUGGCAAUGCUCCAGCACUGGGCCAAAACAGAGCAGCAGAACUCUGCUCUCUCCGGGGAGGAGCUGAAGGAGUACACGCCAAAGACCCUGCAGUCCUCCAUCAGACCCCAGGCUCUGCAGAACCAUGUUGGCAUGCUGCUGAGAACCAGGCCGCCCCUCCAGCCAGUGGAUGCAAAAAUCCAGUUCAUAGAGCAUGUGAUGAAAUUGCCUUUCUUUGGCUACAACACCUACUUUGUAGAGAGAGUCAGCGACGACACAAUCCUUGUACCCUGUUUCUUUGGCGUGAAUAAAGAGGAGAUCAUUGUGGUGGAUGGCACCACCCAGGCGGUCUCCUGCGUCAUUCCAUUGAAAGAGCUGCAGAACAUGCGAACCCUGCGGCCUGUCUCUGAUGGUGGGCUUCCCGGCAUAGAACUGAACUAUGGCUCGGCUGCCAGCCCCAAGACUAUGUGGCUUGAACUGUCACAGGCUAAAGAAAUGUAUCACACGAUUGUUGCCAUCCUGGAUAAAACAGAGUUGCACCACUAGAGCCUAAGAGGAGGAGAAUGACCAUGCAAAA